AUGGCCGAAAUAGUGGAAAUAUUAAUCAAAACAGUGUCCAAUCAUCCAGAACUUUACAAUGUUACGUUGCAAGACUACCGAAACCCCGAAAAAAGGGUCAAUGCAUGGCAGAGUAUCAGCGCCUCAGUUGGUCUCCCCGCUGUAGAGUGCAAAACAAAAUGGAAGAGUCUGAGGGACAGGUACAUGAGGGAGAGGCGACUGGAGAAGCUCAAAAGAAAAAAGGGCGAACGGUCUUCCAGCUACUGGCGACACAGAGACACCAUGUCGUUUCUGGAGCCUUUCGUCAAGGAGAAACAGAAGGCGGGUGAUUCCGGAGUCACGGAGGACACCGAGGACAUUUUUGGUGGGGUGAAUGAGACAUCACCUGCAAGUAGAGCUAAAGUUAAAGACACGGGUCCUAAGGUGAACGAGAUGCCACAGCUGGCGUUUGUAACUCAGCUGGCUCCAGUACAGCAGGUUCCACAGGUGACCCAGCUAGCGAUAGUGACUAAACUUCCGCCUGGUUCGAGAGUGCCUCAGACACCAGGUACACCUCCUGCACCAAACCAAGUCCAGACCAAAUGUGAGGAAGCUCCGGUUUUAACUCCACAGGCAUUGCAGACAAACGACAGCAUGAGUGCUCUGUGCGGUUUUAAGUCUGAAGACAAAAAGGGAAUCGUGAGAGAGGAACUGAGAUUGCUAGAAAGGCCUCAUGAUGAAGAUGAGCUUUUCCUGUUGAGUUUUGUGCCCGCUUUGAAGAGACUCUCGCCGCAGAAAAGGUGUGCUGCAAAAAUCAAAAUCCAGCAGAUCAUGUACGAUGUGGAAUUUAACGAGGGUUUGAAGCUGAGACAGCAGCAGGAACAGAGGGCCUAUGAACAGGAGAUGCAGCGGAUGCAGCUCCCCAUGUCUGCGUUCUCUAACCCUGCCUGCGAUCUGUCAGACGAGUGUACGCCAGACGUGGCCGAUCGGGACACCCCCCCAGGAACAGGAGGAGAGCCCAAACAGGAGGGAGCUGACACAGGGGACGGGAGUGAUGCUCCCAAAAAAGAGGCGGACUCUUCUGAUGCCUGA